AUGAAGCAGACCACGGCCUUCCCCUUGCUCAUGGCGGCCCUCGCCUCUGCAGUCCCUGAUGUCGUCGUGAAGGACCUGCCCAAUGAGUGCCAAACCUUCACCGGCGCGCACCAGGUCGGGCAAAACGGAUGCGAAGCCGUGUUCCAGAUCUACGCCGACUCGACAGGAAACUCAGCCGUCGACGGCAAGCACUCAACCUACGCCCCUGUGCCUGCCGAUCUUCCUGCAUGGGGCCGCGUCGCCAUCGUCUCCGAUCAGACACUCGCGUGGCCGCAGCUCAAGUACACCGAGCUGGCGGUCUCGGGAAUUCAGGGGCUUGCCGCCUACGUCCAGGAUCCUGAGUCUGGGGAGUUCAGCUACUCGCCGUUAAAGCUCAACGCGGACGUCGACAAUCUUCAGCUGCUUUACCAUUACACCGUCGCCGGCUACCCCCUGGCGCCAUAUGCUCUCUACGAUGCCGAGACUGGCGAGGAUAGGCUCCCGGGUGUGUUCCUGGGACUCAACAGCCAGGUCACUUGGGCCUUCUCACUGGAAAAAGACUCGACUGGUCGUGAUCAGUAUGCUUUCAGGCUGCUUGCCAACGAGACAGCUCCGUUGCGGGGUGAUGAGUUUGAGGGUUUCUUGAGGGCUGGGCAACAGUUUGAGAAUGUUGACUAA